CUCAAUCUUCGGUCAGUGUCACGGGAGAGAACGGUUUCUGGGAAGAUGUUAUGGCGGAGUGUACUCAAUCUGCUUCUGCCUUUGUCAGCUGUCUGUGAAGAGCUGAAUAGCGCAGCGUAUGAACCACGCGCAAUAGAGUACCCAUAUGAAGAGACUCUCGAUAUAACGCCUCUACCGAAAAACCACCUUUUCACGUCGUUCCAGUUCAAGUUGGAAUCAGAGGAGACUGAAAUAUCGCCAUCAUCACAUGUAGCGAGCUACAAGGCAUUCCCAAAGUCAUUGGCUCCUAUCUUAAAGACAACUAAUACAAGGGAAUUACACCUAAGGUUCGGCCAAGGUUGGUGGGACUCUGAGCAUUGGGGACAGCUUCCAAACCAUGGUGAAACAGCUGGUGGUUCUGGUGUUGAAGUCUGGGCUGUGAUUGAAUCCUCAGAUUCAGCACACGCUUUCAAAGAAUGGUUGAAGCUCGUGAACUUGCUAUCAGGGUUGUUUUGUGCUUCUUUGAACUUCAUUACCGAGGAGAACACCGUUUUCCCUUUGAGAUCAUUCCUUCCGAAGGAUGAUAUCCCACUUUUCGAUCAGAGUAACGGCUUAUUUCUCUUAAGAGCAGCACUGCCAUCUGAACCUGUUUGUACUGAAAACCUCACGCCUUUCGUGAAGUUCUUACCAACAAGAGGUAAAGAAGGGCUGGCUUCUCUCUUGGAUGGCCAUAGAAUAUUUGAAUCUGAAUGGCACAUGAUCUCCAUAGAUGUUGAGACUGUGUGUGAUGAGGAGCACUCCACGUGCAAGUACAGUAUGCAACAGAAGGUUGAUGCCGUUGUUGAUGUUCAGAGAGCACUCAGAAGAGUGUCGAAUCCAAUUCCAAAACCAGUGACUGGAGAUGAGUUGGUGUGCGAUUCUAAGAAACCAAUUGACGCAUUCCAAUGCUUUGCAAUCAAUCAAAAGACCAAAACUAAAUUCAGCUUGAAUGAAAUCUUUGGACGUACGAUUAAGAACGGCUCUCACCUAGGCCGUAAACAAUCAAAAGUUUGUGUCCAUGCUCUUCCACAUUGGAAUGUGUUCCUUGUCAAUAACGGUGACCUUUUUGGGACUGGUGAUAACUGCUUCGACCUGGACACGGGAAAUUACAACAUCCUUAUCAAAACAGAUAAUACCUUUGAAGUGAUGCCCGUGAGCCCAGUACCAGUUCUUGUGUCCAGGUCCAUGACAGGCUAUGGUUUGGAUAAAGGUGGGUUAAGAACAGUAUUCCAGAAUAACUUAGAUGUUGAAGCUCAGAUCAUCUAUUUAGAAACUUUACCAUGGUUUAUGAGGAUCUACCUCCAAAGUUUGACCAUCACAGGUGCAGAAAAGGAUGAGGUCAUCAAAUCGAUCUACUACCAACCUGAGAUUGAUCGUCAGCGUCCAACUCACUUGGAAUUUGAAAUUGUGCUACCACCAAACUCAACAAUCACAAUGGCUUAUCAAUUUGACAAGUCUCUUCUUUUAAUUGCUGAAUACCCACCAGAUGCGAACCACGGAUUCUCAGUAGAACCUGGUAUGGUGAGGGUCUUUGAACCACUCGACUAUCAAGUGAGAACUUCUCCAGAUUUGUUAACGCUACCAACACCUGAUUUCAGUAUGCCUUACAACGUUAUCAUCUUUACAGCUACUGUCAUGUCCUUGACUUUUGGAACAGUAUUUAACCUCCUGUUCAAGCGAACUGUGCCAGAGAAAGAUGCUGAUCUCGUGUCUGCUGAACUUGAUCCAAAGGUUAAGAUUAAGGCAAAGAUUCAAAAUCUCAAGCAACGCAUUCGUUCUAUUCUGCACAAAGAUACAUCAACGAAUGAAGGAAAAUCAUAACUAUACAAUAGCUCCUCUUUUUCAUUUAUUAAAAUCUCCAUUAUUUUAACUCUUGUUCGAUGUCCUUCAUUAUAGAUACUAAGUUAGAAUCAUUACUUUCCAACCAUUCCUCCAGAACUUUAAGACAUUGCUGAAGUUUGUUUGUCAACGGCAACUCUCCAUGAAGCUUUGAAUUGAUUAAAAUGUCAAGCAAAUGAUUCCAAAUAUCCUGUUGCCAAUAUCUCUUUAUUGGAUUCACCAAGACGUGUUUUUCACCAUCAAACUUGGUCUCGAUAAAUGUACCAAACAACAUGGUGUGUAUUAUACUUGCAAUACCGUAGUAGUCUGCUUGAUAUGUCCAUGUUGAUUGAUUUCUCAUUUCUGGGCAAUCUUGGUUAUCAGUGUCCCAGUUUGACUUGAACUCAACAUUUUUAGGGAAUAGUGUCAUAUCAAUGGAUCUUCCAAAAUCAAUGAGCUUUAUUCCAGUGUUUUUCCAACCUUUUGAUCUGUCAUUUU